AUGGCGCUCUCGGAAGAUCUCAUCAACUUUGAUGUGAUUGAGGGCCAAAAGGAGAACAUCCAGUCUCUUCCUGGAGGUCGUUCAGCUAAGAAACUCCACGCGCGAUACUCACCAACACCGCUGCAAGGCCUCUCGACACCUACCCCUACUGCCACUAAGAAUGUAAACGACUGCAUUCGUGCAGAGUAUGAGGCGGAGGUGCAAAGCACCUCCGAGUCAGACGACCCCCUCGACGUUUACGACAGAUACGUCCACUGGACGUUAGACGCAUACCCCUCUGCACAAGCAACGCCACAAUCACAGCUUCACACACUCCUCGAGCGGGCGACCAAGGCCUUUAUCGGCUCAUCACAGUACAAGAACGACCCGCGCUAUCUGAAACUUUGGCUGUACUAUAUCCAGUUCUUCGCGGACGCCCCGCGUGAGACGUACAUGUACUUGGCUCGCCACGGCAUCGGCGAAGGCCUCGCGUUGUAUUACGAGGAAUAUGCUGCAUGGCUUGAGGUGGCCGGUCGAUGGGCCCAGAGCGAAGAAGUAUACAGGCUGGGGAUCGAGCGUGAGGCUCGCCCCGUCCAGAGAUUGCUUCGCAAAUUCAAAGAGUUCGAGGAGCGACAAGCCCAUGUUCCGGACACAGCUGGUGCCCCAUCUUCACCAGCUCUGCCUAGCAUUCGCCCGGCACUCGCUGCUAAGGUCGAUCCCUUUGCCGCCGCCGUCCGCGCGGAUCCGCAGGCGUCUAGACCGGCGAGCAGUGCGAGCGGCUCCUCAAAGCCAGCUAAGUCCAAGUUAGCCAUCUUCUCAGAUGCAGAUGCCAAGCCUUCUGCUCUGUCCUCUCGUGAGGAAGGCUCUCGGGGCUGGGAGACGAUUGGAUCGCUUUCGGAUCGCAAGAAGGAGAACACGAUGGAAGCAAGGCCGUGGGUCGGCGAGACGCUGAAGGCUGGUGGAAAGAAGCCAGCCGCUGCGGCCAAGAUGGCUGUGUUUAGAGAUACGUCUCUUGCGCAAAUACAAAAUAUCGUUGUUGUUCCAUCAAAACACCAAGUGACAGUGCACCCGCAAACCGGGAAGAAGGAGUAUAUCUUCGUCGAUCUCGCCGCAGUUUAUCCCACACCGGACGACCCUGGCACGGAAGUCAGCUUUGAGGAGAUCAUGGCGGCGAACCGUGGCUGGUUAAAUUGUAUAUGGGAGAAUGAAGACUUGGUAGAGCAUUACGAUGAUGAUGUCCCCAUGCAGCUGGACGAGAUCCAAGGGAUUGGCAAGCUGGCUAUCCACCGGGACGCCGUAAUGUACGACGAGAAUGGCGCUCUGCAGCAGCAGCCUCCUAUCCCCAAACCUAGCAAGAAGAAGAAGCACAUGGACGUCAACGAGACGCAAAUAAUCAAGGCUAAGCUGGAUUCACCGUCUCGACCGAAGAUAAAAAAGCGAAAUACAUCAGAGCCAACAAUGACUCUGCACACAAGGGCAGCUACGGACGAUAUAUAUGACAUUUUCAACGCUCCCAUCAAACCUCUUGCCGAGAAUCACAACGAGAGUGCUGAUGAGUACGAGUAUGAAUCAGAUGGCGACUACACUACUGAUGCAGAAAGUACCGCGGCGACUCGUAAUGUCGAGCCCAGUGAGAACGGAGACGAGGAGAUGACUGAUGCGAAGUGCUUGAGCGAAUGGUUAGAUUUUUCAACUCGCAAGCAUGUUUCGGAUGUCGACGGCGAAAGCAAUCGCACGCUUGAUGGCGCCACCACCUUCAACGAAGAUUCCACUUCGCAGCAACUGGAUCCGACAAGGGAUGAGGAAAUGGCCGAUGAAGCGGACGAGCCUCACUUAGCCGAGCAAGACUCGCCUCCACGAACCAGAACAGUGUUUGUUCCUAUCCCGCCUGAGGAUUACGACCCUCCUACUCGUCCGUAUAGAGAUGCGGCCGAGGUGGCCAACAACAGACUGCCGUUCAUGACGCCAAUCACGGAACGGACCGAGGUUUCUCUGAAUCUCGACGAAGCCUACGAGAAUGGUGUCGAGCAGUUUAAGACUCCCUGCAGACGGGAAGACUAUGAAGCAUCAGACCGCCUACAUACCGACUUGGAGUCGCUCAGCAGUCCCUUGAGAGAAAUAGUUGAGGAUGAUUUUCCACCCCCAAAGAUUCCUACGGCACUUAAGCCAAAGGCCGCUCCUCUUUCGGUCAUGUCAGCCAAGACUCUGCCCAGAAAAGUCCCCAUCAUCAAGGACGUCAUGUGCAACCCCAUGGAUGAGAAUGUGCGCGGAGAAAUCCUGGCCAACAUCCAACCGCCCUUGAGCUCGUACGCUGGGUUUUACGACCAGCGACACGACCAGUCCGAGCGUAGUGGCGCUAUCCACAAGUUUAUCAAGGCCCUCAACAGCAAGCCAGGUAAAUUGAGUAACGAACGAGGCGGGUCACUUCCGCCGCAAGUUGUCCUUGACUUUGCCAAUGUUGACGCGUCCUAUACGCUCAAGAGAGAACUUGGGGCCGGUGCCUUUGCGCCCGUCUAUCUCGUCGCCAACUCAUGUCCUGAGGAGCCAGCUGGUGAUGAGAACGCAGUAGCCGUCAUGGGCAAGGGCGCGUUUGCCGUCAACAAGCGUGCGGGCUUGGAGGCUUUGAAGAUGGAACACCCCCCUAGCCCAUGGGAGUUUUACAUGAUGCGUCUUUCACACAGUCGCCUGGGCCCGCAGCACCGCGUCUCUGCGUCUCUAUCAUAUGCUCACGAGCUGCAUCUGUAUCGAGACGAGGCAUUCCUGUUUCUUCCUUAUCACCCCAAUGGAACGCUGCUUGACGUAGUCAAUUACUUUCGCUCCGAAUCCUCUGGAGUAAUGGACGAGCUCCUUGCCAUGUUCUUCACCGUUGAGCUCAUGCGCACCGUUGAGGGCCUUCACGCCAAGCAUCUCUGCCACGGUGACAUCAAGGCCGACAAUUGCCUUCUGCGUCUAGACGAGCUCUCCGGCACCCCACUUCUCGCCAACAAGUGGCGGGCCGAUGGCAGCGGUGGUUGGGGCGCGCGGGGCGUCACGCUCAUUGACUUUGGCCGCGGCAUUGACAUGCGCGCCUUCGUGCCGCACGUCGAAUUCUUUGCCGAUUGGAAGACGACUGAACAGGACUGCUCAGAAAUGCGGGAAGCGCGGCCCUGGACGUGGCAGAUCGACUACUACGGCCUCGCGAGCACGAUCCACUGCCUGCUCUUUGGCAAGUACAUCGAGACGGUGCGCUGCGACAGCGGUGGCAUCGGCAAGGGGCGCCAGUACAAGAUCCGCGAGGGUCUAAAGCGUUACUGGCAGACGGACAUUUGGGCCGACUGCUUUGAAGUGCUGCUCAACCCCCUGUCGUUUGUCGCCGGCGAGGAGGGAGGCACCAUGCCGAUGCUAAAGUCGAUGAAGAGGGUGCGUGAGAGCAUGGAAACGUGGUUGGAGGCAAAUAGCGACCGAGGCGUUGGGCUCAAGGGCCUAAUCGUAAAGUUGGAGUAUUACGCCAAGAUGAGGAAGUAA